CAGCAGGCCAAAUUCGGCUCACCGGAGCAAUUCAUCAUGUCCAGGUCCCGUGUGCCCGCUCUCCCCAGGAUCCUUUGGACUAAAACUGAAAGUAGGCUGCAGCAUGAUUAAAUGCAAUCAUUGUAGGCUUGGUGUCUUGGAAGUAUGGAAUCAAUCUCUAUGAUGGGGAGUCCCAAGAACCUCAAUGAAACUUUUCUACCAAAUGUUGCCAAUGGCAUCAAGGAUGUCAGUAGGGUCACAAUAGGCAUCAUUGGAAGUGGAGACUUCGCCAAGUCAUUGACAAUCAGACUGAUCAGAUGUGGGUACCACGUGGUCGUAGGGAGCAGAAACCCUAAACACGCUGCUGACUUCUUUCCCCAUGUGGUUGAUGUCACGCACCAUGAAGAUGCAGUAGCUAAAACAAACAUCAUUUUUGUAGCCAUACACAGAGAACAUUACAUCUCUUUGUGGGAUCUCAAACAUUUACUUGCUGGUAAAAUUCUGAUUGAUGUCAGCAAUAACACGAGAGUAGACCAAUAUCCAGACUCCAAUGCAGAGUAUUUGGCAUCACUUUUUCCCGAUUCCAUAAUUGUCAAAGGAUUCAAUGUCAUUUCAGCUUGGUCACUGCAGUUAGGACCAAAGGAUGCCAGCAGACAGGUCUAUAUAUGCAGUAACAAUGUACAGGCUCGCCAUCAAGUUAUUGAGCUUGCCCGUCAGCUCAGUUUCAUUCCUAUUGAUUUGGGGGCGUUGUCGUCUUCAAGGGAGAUUGAAAACCUGCCUCUGCGACUGUUCACCCUGUGGAAGGGGCCUGUAGUGAUUGCCAUUAGCCUGGCAACAUUUUUCUUCAUCUAUUCCUUUGUCAGAGAUGUCAUCCAUCCGUACAUGAGAAACCAGCAGAGUGACUUUUACAAGAUUCCCAUAGAGAUUGUGAACAAGACUCUGCCAAUUGUUGCGAUCACUUUGCUUUCUCUAGUAUAUUUAUCCGGACUUAUCGCAGCUGCUUAUCAGCUUCACUAUGGCACUAAGUAUCGGCGCUUUCCUCCUUGGCUGGACAACUGGCUCCAGUGUCGAAAGCAGCUUGGACUGCUCAGUUUUUUCUUUGCAACGGUGCACGUGGUGUACAGCCUCUGCUUGCCUAUGAGGAGAUCGGAGCGGUACUUGUUCCUCAACAUGGCAUAUCAACAGGUUCAUGCAAAUGUUGAAAAUUCUUGGAAUGAGGAAGAAGUGUGGCGAAUUGAAAUGUAUAUCUCCUUUGGAAUAAUGAGUCUUGGAUUGCUUUCUUUGCUGGCAGUAACUUCGAUCCCUUCAGUAAACAGUACCUUAAACUGGAGGGAAUUCAGUUUUAUUCAGUCUACACUUGGAUACAUUGCUCUGCUUAUAAGUACUUUCCAUGUACUGAUUUAUGGAUGGAAGAGAGCUUUUGAAGAAGAGUAUUACAGAUUUUAUACACCGCCAAAUUUUGUUCUUGCCCUUGUUCUGCCUUCUAUUGUAAUUCUAGGUAAGAUUGUGUUACUUUUGCCAUGUGUAAGUAGAAAACUGAGGAGAAUUCGAAGAGGAUGGGAAAAAAGCCAUGUUAUAGAAGAAGUAAGUGGGUCUGUUCCACAUCUCUCCCCAGAACGGAUAACUGUAAUGUGAUGAUACUUGUUAACACUGUUGUACAUGUUUAGGCUUUGUGGUUUUUUUGUCAUAAACUUGCAUUUUUAGGAGUUUAGCUAUGUAGGAGUCUUUGUAAAGUCUCUUCCUUGACAUAUAGUACAAGCUCUUAACCAAACUAUGAGAAGUUUAUAACUAAAAAAUCACUUCUUCUAAUAGCUACAAAAUAUGUUUGUUUUGGAUUACAGAGGGAAGAUGGUUAUGAAAUAAAAAAAUUUUAAUGUUCCUUUGCACAGUUAUAUCACAAUAGUAUUUUAUUACAACCGGGCUUUACAGAUAUUUUUUUGACUUAGAGCAUAUGUGUUCAGAGUGCUAUUUAUUAAUACGACAUUUUCUGGGAAGUGUUUCUUCUAUUAAAACCACAUUUUUGGGUUAAUGAGUUCAGAAUAUAAAAUAAUUUAUUUAGGAAAUAACCACUUAUUGAAACAAAUUAAUUUGUAAUGAUCACAGAAUUACAGAAUGGUUUGAGUUGGAAGGGACCUUGAAGAUCAGUGUUCCAACACCCCUGUCAUGGGUCUUGCCAACUUUCACUAGACCAAAUUCCUCACAGCCCCAUCCAACCUGGCCUUGAGCACUUCCAGGGAUGAGGCAUCCACAGCUUCUCUGGCCAACCUCUUCCAGGGCCUCACCACCUUCACAGUAAAGAAUUUCCUCCUAAUAACCAAUCUAAACCUAUUCUCAUUCGGUUUAUAGCCAUUCCCCCUUGUCCUGUCACUACAUGCUAUUGCCCCCUCCAGCUCUCUUGUAGGCUCCCUUCAGGUGCUGGAAAGCUGAAAUUCGAUCACCCCCAAGCCAUCCUUUCCAGGCUGCACAAACCCAGGUCUCUCUGCCGUUCCUCACAGGAGAGGUUCCCCAGCCCUCUGAUCAUCUCAGUGGCCCUGCCCUGGUGUCGCUCCAACCCAUCCAUGUCCUUCCUGUGCUGGGACCCCAGAGCUGGGUGCUGUGUUCCAGCUGGGGUCUCUCUCACCAGAGCAGAGCAGAGGGGCAAAACCUCCCAGCCCUGCUGCCCACGCUGCUUUUGGUGCAGCCCAGGACACUUCUGGCUCUCUGAACUGUGAGUGCACAUGGUCAGGUCAUGUCCAGCCUCUCACCCACCGGCACCCGCAGGUCCUUCUGGAUGUUCCACAUCCCUUCAUCCCCCGGCCUGUGUGGAUACUGGGGACUACCCCAGCCAAGGUGCAGCACCUUGUACUUGGUCAAGUGUAUUGCACGUGCACAGUAUAUUUAUUUAUGCGUGGUUUUACACCCUUCCAUGAUUUGAAUAUGCAAACCCAGUUUCAAUUAGGGUGUGAUUGUAUAUCUUGUAAGUAAAGGAUAUUGUACUAAUACAGUCUUUUUUUUUUUUUUUUUUU